UAGAUAGCGCUCAUCGGGCGUUUGGCUCAAUGAAACGUAAAACGUUCAAAUUAGUGAAACUAAAUAGUGCUUUUAGUGAUAUUGCAUUAACUACUGUCAAUCUAGAACCUAAUGAAAUGAUUCUAAGUUGGAAAAUGCCGGGACUAAAUGUAAUUUUUAUUCAUAUUGUGAAUAAAAGUGAUUUUCCUUUAAAUUUUGCCGGAAAAACUGUAAGUUAUUAAAGAACACGACUACAGACCGAAUGGCACAAAACCGGUUCAUCAUUUCUCAGUUUGUGUAAUCUUUCCGAAUAUUAAGGAGUGGAAUUCUUUGCCGGAGUGUGUAUUUCCUGAAGGGUAUAACCUGGGUGUCUUCAAAGCCCGAGUGAAUAGGUUGCUUAUGGGCCGACGUGCUCCAUCGUAGACCGCAUCGUCGCUUACCAACUGUUUCUAACAUUAUGAAACAAAGUAACGGACCCGUAGAUCUUUGGACGUUUCUAGAAAGUCAUAUAUAUUUUAUGUCACUGUGCCACGCCCUAAAAUUGCAAUGCAUCCAAUACGCAGACGAGAACAUAGUUAAGACAAAAUGGUGGAUAUAUUAUAGAUAUAUUUGUAACUACGCUUUCUCAUAGAUGGCGCUAAUGUGAGCGUCUCUAAUAUCGUUUAGCGCCAUCUAUUGAGCGAUAAAAUUAUAGGUAGCCUCCAAUUACGUUCAAAAAGGCCUACGAUUUGCGGAAAUUCGUGAAAUUUUCGAUAAAAAUGACACUGUCAAGCGUAUGAUCAAUAGGAGGGGGGAGAGGGAGUUUACACAAAUUAUUGCGUGCACUGAUAACGCUAGUGAUUGUUUCACAUAGUUUCUACCGAAGUGCAUUACAAUGGCAGUGUGGACAAGCUAUGUUCAUGAUUGGGGGACUUUCACUGACCAAGCUUCUGAGCAAUUCAUGAUUAGAUCGGUGAUGGACGAGGACAUCAAAGCCGCUGUUACAGUCAUUGCUGCCGUUAUUUUGGACGAAGAUAUUUUCAAUGUAUUGGAUUUCAGAUCGGAUAAAAAAUCAAAGGAGUCUCUGCUAUCGUUUGUAGACAAACAUUUGAAGCCAAAUCUGACGUUUGGCUGCUUCAAAAAAGACACGAACGAACUAAUUGGAGUUGAUGUGAUGUAUAUACGGAACAUAAAUGAUAAUGAUGUCAACUACGGCCCUGAGUACGGGGAAACGUUCUGUAAAUACAUGAAGUACUUGAAGUUUGUGGAGAGACGGCUACGAUACAAUGUUGCUGAGAAAUAUGUGAAAUACCUCACUUCACUUGGAUUGUUCAUAUUGCCGAAAUAUCGGGAGACUGAUAUUGAAAAAUACAUGCUGCGUAUUCGAAAAAAUGUUGCUUCAAAUCAUGGUAUCGUGGUAAACGGAGCUGCUCUGAUAGGGAAGAAAAUUAAAAAAAUUGCCAAGGAAUUGAAGUACAAAGUAAUUGAAGAAAUCAGAGAAGUUAAUGUGGAGGGUACAGACUUGGAGUAUCUCAGGGGAGCUGCUGUGUUUCCUAUUAAAAUUGUAGCAAUGACGAAAUUUGGUCCGAAACCGAAAUCUAAACCUGUUCCUUCGAAAAGAGCAAAGCGAUCAUCAUCAUCAUCAUCAUCAUCAUCAUCAUCAUCAUCAUCAUCAGCCAAAAGACGGCCACCGAUGGACAUAUGCCUUCCGAACGACUACAAUAAGCAAGACAAUGAUGACCUAGAGAUUCUCUAAGACUGCACGGCCGGUGCGUUGGUUGGGCAUCCGGCAACGUGUAGCGGGUCUGAUUCCCGCUCGGAGCAGCUCUUUAUGGGAUCCACAAAUUGGGUACCUACUUGCCAACUAGUCAAAUUCAAUACUUUUUUCUAACUGUCAAAAACGACAGUUUU